AAGAAGAAGAAAAUCUACUGGGUCUCGUGACAGGCUAGUUGUUGUCGUUUCCAUCAGCUGACGUUCUUUUUCUUGCAGAAAAUUAUCGUUCAAUGAGUUAGCUUUUGCUAAACUAACCCCAGCUUCUACAUAAGCGAUAUGUUGUCCCGUCUUCUGAAGGAGCACCAAGCGAAGCAAAAUGAGCGGAAGGAGCUACAGGAGAAACGCAGACGUGAAGCGAUCGCUGCUGCCACUUGUCUAACUGAAGCCCUGGUAGAUCAUCUGAACGUUGGGGUUGCUCAAGCAUACGUAAACCAACGCAAACUGGACCAUGAGGUUAAGACCCUCCAAGUGCAGGCCAGCCAAUUCUCUAAGCAAACUGCUCAGUGGAUCAGCAUGGUGGAGGGGUUCAAUCAGGCCUUAAAGGAAAUUGGAGAUGUUGAAAACUGGGCCCGCAGCAUCGAGAUGGACAUGAGAACAAUCGCCACAGCCCUGGAGUAUGUACACAAAGGCCACCUUCAGUCUACCUGCUCGUAAACAUCACACUGCGGUUCUACAGCACAAUUACUACUGAAAAAUAUGGACAGAUAUAAUUUCUCUGUUGUUUUUGAUUAUCUGAUUCAGAAAUGAGUUGCUGGUGAUGUUACACUUUUUUUAAAGAUAUUUUUUUGUUUUGUGUAAGUUAUAUAUUUUUUGCAAGACGAUAAUAAAAGAUAUUUAAAUGUACGGAUGGUUUAAUCAACACAAUAAAUCUCCUUGUAAACUAUUCUUUAAAGCAUCUCUUUAAAACAAUUAAUCUAGAUAUUUGGGUUUUUCACUUAACCUGUCCUGUAUGCACAUCUACAGACAGAGAUGACUGUAUUGUUUCAAUAGUUACCUGUGUAGGUUUUUUAAAAUGAAAUGUGACCAGAUGAUCUUUUUUGUAUCCAAUUAUAAAUAACAAUAAAAUAAUGA